AUGCAUGAUGCAUCACAGGCAAGCUCUGUUAAAUAUUUCGCACCAAUGGAUGGGUGGACAGCUGAGAAGGUCUUCUCAUCUACCGUCUUUGGGUUCACCUAUGACGAUCUCAUUUUGAUGCCUGGUCACAUUGACUUUGGCAUCCAUGAGGUUGAUCUCCGGUCACGUCUAACAAAGAACAUCUCUUUGAACACACCAGUCGUUUCGAGUCCCAUGGAUACGGUGACUGAGCACAAGAUGGCAAUUGCUUGUGCGCUUAUGGGAGGGAUUGGAAUUAUUCACAACAAUUUAACAAUCGCACAGCAAGCGAAAGAAGUAUCCCGCGUGAAGAGAUUUGAAAAUGGUUUUAUCAUGGAUCCAUCGGUGCUAGGACCAGAAAAUACAAUUGCAGAUUUAGACGAGAUCAAAAAGGUGCACGGUCAUUCAUCUGUUCCGAUCACGUCGACGGGAAAGAUGGGAGGGAAAUUGAUUGGCAUCGUCACAAACAGAGACAUUGAUUUUAUUAGUGACCGAUCCAUCAAACUAUCGUCGGUGAUGACAACAGAUUUAGUGACAGGAAGUGAGCCGAUCACCCUCGCUGAAGCAAACAGCAUCCUUAGAGAGAGCAAGAAGGGAAAGCUUCCUAUUGUUAACGAUGCAAGUGAACUCGUCGCGUUGAUCAGUCGAAAUGAUUUGGUGAAAAAUAAAGAAUAUCCAUUAUCAUCCAAACAUACAAAUAAACAACUGCUAGUAGGAGCGGCGAUCUCAACAAGAGCUGAUGAAGAGGGGCGCGCCAAAGCUCUGAUAGACGCUGGCGUUGAUGUCCUUGUCGUUGACUCUUCUCAAGGCGAUUCUGUGUUCCAAUCCGAUUUGAUCUCAAGACUGAAAUCGAAUUUUCCAAGUAUUGAAAUCAUUGGAGGAAAUGUUGUUAGUGGGCGUCAAGCAAAGACGUUGUUGGGAGUUGGGGCUGAUGGACUUCGAAUUGGAAUGGGGAGCGGAUCGAUUUGUACGACGCAAGAAGUGACGGCCGUUGGAAGAGCUCAGGGAACCGCGGUGUACCAUGUGUCUAAAUAUGCAAAGGAGCACUUUGACGUUCCUUGCAUUGCCGAUGGUGGAAUUCAGAAUUCGGGUCACGUUAUGAAAGCGUUGGCCAUGGGUGCAAGUACAGUCAUGGUUGGAUCAAUGUUUGCUGGGACUGAAGAGACUCCGGGGCAAUACUUUUUUCACAACGCCGUUCGAGUGAAAAACUACCGCGGAAUGGGUUCCCUAGCUGCGAUGAAAGACUCAGAAAUAGCAAGAACUCGUACGUUUGAUGAUCGCGUUUCUUUGCCAAUGACAAAUUUUUCAGAGGGGUCAGUGUGCCGCUAUUUUGCCGAACAUUCAAGUGUUAAGGUUGCCCAAGGAGUUUCUGGUGCCGUCGUCGAUAAGGGUUCUAUCAAAGCUUUAGUCCCUCAUGUAAUGCAAGGAGUUAGACAUGGAAUGCAAGAUUUGGGAUGCCGGAACAUUCCAGAUCUUCAUUCUAAAUUGUACAACGGGUUACUGACGAUGGAUGUUCGGUCUGGCGCCGCUCAGAAAGAAGGAGGAAUUCACGACUUGAUUGCCCUUUAG